AUGAAACAGGAGACCCUCAGAUGGGAAGUAUCAAAGCCCACAAGCAACCAGCCACCCGCAACCAAUAACAUGAACGCACCGCCGCAGGCAGACACAGAGGUGGCUGGUGCUAGUAAAGAUAAGCCAGACAGUAAAAAGAAAAGGGGACGGUCGCUGAAACUGCCGCAGUGCUGCGUGCCUGCCACCGUGCCGCCUGUCUUCUUUGUGGGUGGUGGCAACGGGGUGGCACUAGUGGAAGGGCCACUUCUGUCGCUCGGCUGGAAGAGAACAACGGACAAGCAAGACGAGAAAUUCAAACUCAAGUGGGCAGAGGGCCGGAAUUCCAUCAACUAUAAUACUUUUAGAGAGGGAGAGCAGCUGGUGAACCAUAUCCCCAACAGCAAGCUACUGACCAACAAGUUGGGGCUCCUGUGCAGUCUCCAGGAAUACGAGCGGGUGACUUUGCUGACCAAGGGGAGGCUGCCCAAAAUGAAGAUGGCUGACUUUGUCCCCGAGACGUAUAAACUGGACGAGCGGGUGGACAGGGAGAAGUUUCUAGCCGAGUACAAAGAUGGAGAGACGUGGAUCUGCAAGCCGGUAGGAAUGAAUCAAGGGAAAGGCAUCUUCUUGCUGCGGUCAAGGGAUGAGAUUAACCAAGUUAUUAAUGAAAGAGAUGCCAAAUUAACCAGCUUGGCCGCCACUCCGAAGGUUCCGAUGAUGAGAAUUGUUCAAAGGUACCUCGGCGACCCGUUGCUGUUGGAAGGGAGAAAAUUCGACAUACGAUCCUAUCUGCUUAUCGCCAGCACGGUUCCUUUCUUGGUGGUCUACCACAAGGGCUAUGUGAGGCUGUCCUGUCAGAAAUACCACCAGAGCGACACCAACCUCACCACACACCUUACUAACCAGUAUAUACAAAAGAAGGAUCCCUCUUACGAAGAAACGAAAGAAGACACCGUGUGGACAAUGGACAGGCUCAAUCAGUACGUCAAUGAACAGGUUGCGCCAGAGAAAGGACUAGAAGCUGACUGGGUCUACACAACCCUGACG